AUGGUGGCUGGGUCUAAUGCUGAUGGAGAUCCUGGGAGUGGAACUGGCUUACCCCUUGGUGUUCUAAACUUGGCCAAAAUAAAACCGUAUCAGAGAGGCUUUUUCUGUAAUGAUGACAGCAUCAAGUAUCCGUUCCAUGACAGUACCAUCACAUCCACUGUCCUCUACACAGUGGGGUUCACCCUGCCCAUUUUCUCUCUCCCACCAGCUAAUAGUGAAGCCAAUCCAUGUUUGUUUAAAAGAAGUAAAUUAAACCUGCUGUGUGUUUUGCUAGCUGGCUUGCCUUUUGCAAUUCUCAAUUCAAGACGUAUCCCCUUCCAGAGAGGAGUUUUCUGUAGUGAUGAAUCCAUCCAGUAUCCAUACAAAGAGGACACCAUUUCUUAUAAGUUGUUAGCAGGAAUAAUUAUUCCUUUCAGUGUAAUUGUUAUCAUCCUAGGAGAGACUCUCUCUGUCUUUUAUAAUCAUUUGCACUCAAAUUCAUUUGUCAGAAAUAACUACAUAGCCACUAUUUACAAAGCCAUUGGGACCUUCAUUUUUGGAGCAGCUGCUAGCCAGUCGUUGACAGACAUUGCGAAGUACUCCAUAGGUAGACUGCGCCCUCACUUCCUUGCUGUGUGCCAGCCCGACUGGACACGGAUCAACUGCAGUCUAGGUUACAUUGAGAACUUCUCUUGUCAAGGAGACAAAGCAAAAAUCAAUGAGGGAAGACUAUCAUUUUACUCUGGCCAUUCUUCGUUCUCCAUGUACUGCAUGCUCUUCCUAGCACUUUACCUUCAAGCCAGAAUGAAAGGAGACUGGGCAAGACUUGUACGUCCUACUCUACAAUUUGGUCUUAUUGCUGCAUCUAUCUAUGUGGGUCUCUCGCGUGUUUCUGAUUACAAGCAUCAUUGGAGUGAUGUUUUAACAGGACUCAUUCAGGGAGCAGUGGUAGCUGUGCUCAUUGUUGUGUAUGUGUCUGACUUCUUCAAAGUGAGAGGAUGUACAUUUCAACCAAAAGAAGACUCCCAUACAACCCUACAUGAGACUCCAACAAAUGGAAAUCACUUUGGCAGCAAUCAUCAACCAUGAAGAACAACCCACCUCACCUGUCUUGCUCUCUGAAAGGAAAACAAUUUCACAAGUCUAACUAUGUAAUAUAAGUAAAUGCCUUUAAGGGACUGCUGCUGCUCUCAGAUGCUCACUUUACCUGUAUAUAGUAACAUCUGCCACAGUUAUUGUAUAUCUAAAAUUUAAAUUUCUGUUGGUUCAAGCUCUUGCUUAAAAGAAAAAGCUAUUCAAAUUGUAAAUUUUUAUUGAAAACAUGGUAACAGUUAUAUUACGUACACUGCUGUUUGUACAUGCCUUGUUGAAACAACUGUGGUUUAAAUACACACCAUUAAAAGAAAUAAUGACUUGA